UUUCAGUACCAAAAGCGGUAACCCCCCCCCAAGCUACACUCGGGCUUACCAUGCGGCGUUGCUCAGGGGGUCCCUGCAGCACUUACCUUGUCCUUCGCUCCCGCGAUGCGUCCCCUGCAAUCUCCUCCAGCCGAUGCCGGCAUCCGGCUUCCGUGUUCCGGUCCCUGUGACGUCGGGACGUACGGGCGCCGGAACCGGUGGCAAAUUUGAAAUUUAAAAAAAAAAUAAUUUUUUUUUUAAAAUGAUUUUGUCCCGAGUGCUUUGUCCGGUGCCCUGCCUGCAUUGUUACUGUUCUUUCUG